AUGUUGACAUCCAAUGUUACUUGGCUGGACCUAUUAUGUCUUGCUUGUAUCGGAGCAUUCCUGGUCAAGCAGGUGUUGAACAAGAAUCCUGCAUCAUAUCCCCCCGGCCCCCGUGGGUGGCCUCUCGUUGGGAACAUCCAAGCCAUACCUCGAAUCAAGCCUUGGCUCACCUUUGCAGAGUGGGGCAAGAAGUAUGGCGACAUCUCACAUGUCGAAAUUCUGGGUCAGCACAUCAUUGUGCUAAAUUCAGUCGAGAAUGCGGUGAACAUGUUGGACAAGAAAGGUACUGUGUACUCUGACCGUCCGGUUCUGCCUAUGGGUGGCGAACUUGUUGGCUGGAAGAGCGCUUUGGCUCUUUUUCCGUAUGGUGGCCGCUUGCACCAGUCCCGCAAGAACAUACAUCAAGUCAUAGGCAAUCGCGCCGCCUUGUGUGUCUACCACCCGAUCGAGGAGAUUGAGACUCGCCGAUUCCUGAAGCGUGUGUUUUCGAACCCCGAGCAACUGCAAGCUCAUGUUCGAUACACCGCUGGCGCCAUCAUUCUGCGAAUCUCUCAUGGUUACGAGGUGAAGGAGAACAACGAUCCAUUUAUCGACCUUGCAGACCGCGCUAUGGACCAAUUCUCGCGGUCCACUGCUCCCGGCGCCUUUAUGGUUGACACCAUGCCAUUCUUGGCCAACGUCCCCGAGUGGUUCCCUGGUGCUGGCUUCAAGCGCUUAGCCCGUGAAUGGUCCAAGACUCGUGAGGAUAUGGCUGCCAUACCCUACAAGUUCGUUAAGGAUCAGAUGGCUGCUGGCAUUGCCACGAUGUCUUUCACCUCGAAUCUGUUAGAAGGUCGUACUUUAUCUGCGGAACAGGAUGAUAUGGUGAUGUGGUCUGCUGCAGGCCUAUACUCUGGUGGUGCCGACUGGACAGCUUCUCCAAUCUAUUCGUUUUUCCUUGCUAUGACACUGUUCCCUGAUGUGCAGAAGAAGGCUCAGGCUGAAAUAGACGCUGUUGUUGGUCCUGAUGAAGUCUUUCGCUGGAGUGUUGUCGGCCCUACCGGUGCGUGGAUCUCGUUUAUCGUAUUCUUUAAUUGCUGGGCCGUAUCAACCGCCCAAUUGACAGCCAUCCCCCAUCGCGUCACCGAGGACGAUAUCCAUGACGGGUACUAUAUCCCAAAAGGUUCCUUGGUAAUACCUAACAUUUGGUUCAUGCUCAAUGACCCGCGGACGUAUGCUAACCCCUCGCAAUUUAACCCUGAACGCUUCUUGGACAAUAACGGAAAAGAUCCUGAACUCGAACCUCGCACGAUCUGCUUUGGUUUUGGUAGACGUGUCUGCCCCGGUCUCCAUCUCGCUGAUACCAUUGUCUGGAUAUCCACCGUGAUGUCACUCGCAGUGUUUGAUAUCUCCAAGGUCGUCGAGAAGGGUGUUGAGAUCACCCCUGAAGUCGACCAUACAUCAGGCACGAUCACCCACCUCAAACCCUUCAAGUGCUCUAUUAAGCCUCGCUCUGCAAAAGCUACUGCGCUCAUUCAGCAGGAUGUUAACUAUUGA